AUGCCCGCAGGGGUUUCUGCGGCUUCGCCCGAGUACUUCUUCCUUUGCUCACCGCGCGGCAGCAGUGCGGGCGAUUCCGACAGUUCGGGCUACUCUUCGUGGGAGCUGGUCGAGCUGGAGUGCUACGACGAGGGGCAGGUGCCGGACCUGCCGGUGAGUGCGCUGCAGAGCGCCGACGAGACGGCUCGCUUCGGGUGCUGGCCGUUCGGUCUCCUGGUGUGGUCGCUAUUCUCCUUGGUGAGUGAUCCUAUCGUGGAGCAGGAUUCAGCGGACGAGGUCGAGGGUCUCGAGCUACAGAUGCCAGUGGAGCCAUGGUCUCGCCGCUUCUACCGCCAGAGUGCGACCGACGGUGUGGAGAAACGCAACGUGUGGGCCGUCAUCGGUCCGGACUUGACGCUAGGCCUGAUCUGUAUCACGGCGAAUACGUCCAUCUUCACGGACCCUGUGGCGGGGAUUCGGUGGCGGCCGAUGCCACCUCUUUCUGCAGCCCAGAGGGACGCCUACGUCAGCCAGGCGACGGAGGGAUUGAGGGCGUCGACGGUGCCGAUGUUGCCGCUUUAUCGCCCCGGCAAGGGUGGUCAGCAGGCGAUCGCGGUGAACGUCCUGUAUGCCGUUUUCAGCUCGGGGGCUUCGUCACUCAAGACGCUGAGGUGGUCUUUGAGGAGUCCCAAGCGUUUCCUGGGUGUGCUGGCCGCGUUGUUCGCAUUGUACGAGCUGCUGGUGUUGCUGGGCGUGAUCGAGUAUAUGAAGGAGGUCUGGGUGUACACGAUCAGCUACCUGGUCACGGCCAAGGAUGCGUUCGUGGAGAGCUCGGAGGUCGUCCAGGAGUGGGCCACCUACCUGUGGGAGUGGAAGGAGUGGGCCCAGAAGCUGAUGCCUCUUCAGCGUUGGUUUGCGAUGUUCUUGUCCCUGAUUCUUCUGACCAUCUGGGCGGCCCACGAGUGGUCGGACAGCGUGGAGUAUGGAGAGUCCUCGAUUGGGUCAUCAAGCGCUUCGAGUGUGGAUGUGCCCGUCGGUGCGACUGCUUCGGUGCCUCCGCCCUUGCCGCCGCCUGGCUAUCUUUCAGGCGGAGAGAGUGCUGCGCUGGAGAGCCAGCUGAACGAUCUCGUGGAGUCCCAGAAGGCCAUGAUGGAGGAGAUCAGCGAGAUCAGGACCGCCGAGAGGACGAGGGAGUUACGUCGGGAUGUACUCGAAGCUUCUCUGGACUCGCGUGGUCGUGCGGACGCCGAGGCAAACAAGCAGGUGAUCGAGGGCAUGAUUGCGCGGCUGGACCGGUUCGAGGCUCGUCUGAAGGGCGAGGCGCCUGCGGAGGCCGGGGCUGGCGAGCAUGGUGCUGCUAUCGAGGGGGCGAGUUCUUCGGCUUCUGCCGUCGCCUUGCUCGGGUUGCCCACGAAGAGUACCCCCGCGGUGUUGAUGGAGACGCCCGAGAAGCGAGUUGCCACUUCGCAGCCGGAGGCCGUCGAGCUGGCCAUCAAGCGGAUGCGCUUCAAGGCUCAGUUGCCUCAGCAGGUGUUCAUGGAGCAGCUGGACGAGUACAAGGAGAUCGAGCCCGAGGAGUGGAACAGCCGCAUGCCCGAGGGCUACCUGCAGCGGAUCUCGGCCGAGGUGCUGUCGAAGAUCUACUCGUCAGGCAAGACGGCCGAGGCCUGGGCGCGGGACUUCAUCAGGGACCGCGGCCUGAGCGACUGCAACACGGCUCGGGAGAUGAUCGCGGCCUUCGCCGCGGUGGACACGAUGCUGAUGACAGAUCGUCAGAGGGGACUCCUCAACCUGGUGAGCUUCGAGGGGUUGGUGCGAAAGGGCUACGCCAUUGCGAGGGCUUACCGCAACGUGAACAGCCGCGACGACUGGAGCCGCCCCAAGGAUGCCAAGAACUGGAAGUCGAAGGUGGACUUGGAGGCGGCGCGUCGCUUGGACCCCCAGCUCGCCGACGAGAGCACUAUUCGGGUGAUGAGCGCCGAGGAAGAGAUGAAGAAGGCCAUGGGUCGCGACGCGCAGCUGAUGAAGGCGCGCUCCGACCUGGACGGGGGCGCGGUGGCCCCGCCGUGA